AGGACGACGGACCUUGUGUUUCCAAAAUGGUGGCAGCGAUGGAUGUGGAUGCCCCGAGCGGCAGCAACAGCGGCCAGGGAAAGAAACGCUUUGAAGUGAAAAAGUGGAAUGCAGUAGCCCUGUGGGCCUGGGAUAUUGUGGUUGAUAACUGUGCCAUUUGCAGGAAUCACAUUGUGGAUCUUUGUAUAGAAUGUCAAGCUAACCAGGCGUCUGCUACUUCUGAAGAGUGUACUGUUGCUUGGGGAGUCUGUAACCAUGCUUUUCACUUCCACUGCAUUUCUCGCUGGCUCAAAACAUGACAAGUGUGUCCACUGGACAACAGAGAGUAGGAAUUCCAAAAGUACGGGCACUAGAAUAACAGCACUCUGCCAUCAAGGUUAACUAUUUUGUUAUUCAUUUAACAGCUUACCCUCCUGUUACUUAAUCA